ACUAAGAAAAUCAAUAGGCACCAGCACGCCGUCCGUCUGAUCUGCCCGCCACCCUAUUUUCUUCUUCUCUACCUCUACAUGUACCUUCUUCACCUCUACGCUUGCCGGGUUCCCCUCAAGAGGCGUCUUUUGCGGCCUGGGAAAAGCACCAGCAUGGACAUUAUCGUGACCUUGGGUACAUGGUCGAUAGAUGAUACAUGAUACGUGAUGCUUACUCACAGACACAACAAGCACACACACAGACACACACACAAACGCGCGAGGCCAUUAGAAAUCCGGUCUGCAAAGGCUGGCCGCCCCUGACUGGACGAGGCGAGCCGCUCGCCCAAGCCACCAUGCAGUCCAUCAGCCAUUCAUCGCGAUGCCAUGCGAGGGGCUUAGUGCCCGUGUGUGCCAUUAAUUGGUUCAAGAUUGCGGAAAUCAUGGCUGAUGGUACUGUACCUUUUCCCUGCCUUGCUCGUAUCGGCAGCAGUUGUCUUAUGAGUUGUAUGAGUUGGGUACAAACACCACCCAAACGCUCAGCCGUGUGCCAGAGUCAGGCUGCCAGAUUCCAACGAGCAUCGAUUCUUACUCUUACACAGCAGUCACCACUUCGAGAUACCGUUGAAAACAGUCGAUUCUACACCGACGCCCCUCCCCCUCCCCCUCCCCUUAUCGAAAAUGGGGCAUCUUCAAGUGAUGUCGUGUCGCAGCAGGUGGCCGCAUGAAGCCCCCCUAUGCCCGCACAUGGAAGCGAAGCCUUUGCAGACGGAACAGACCCUUGGUGCCUUGUCUUGCCUUGCCUUGGCUCAACUCUCAACACCGCUUGUUUGUUUGUCGCUGUGCUGCGGUGCGGCAGAGGCGGGAUGGCUUAUGCUGGUGCUGAUGUCGACGCCUGCUCGUACAAACUUACAUUAGCACCGCUGUCGUGCAUCGGGGAAUGAAUGAUCCGUCGUCCAAUGAAACAGCUUCAAUAGCAAGCAGUAUUAGUUCGAAUCAUACUAACAGAAGCCAUAG